AUGCCCGAGUUUUGCUUCCAGAAUCCUCCUAGUGUUGUCUCGGAACCGGGCGGCGUCCUGCGCGCCGGCAAGAAGAUCGUCACGCGCGAAGGACGCAUGGAGCCCGUGCCGCCGCGCGCGCUCGAGACGAGCGAGAUCCCGGGCAUCGUGGCGGACUACCGCUCGGCCGCGGAGAACGCCCUCAAAGCGGGCUUCGACGGC